AUGGCGGCGGCGAGCAGGUCGCUGAACUACCUGGGCCCGCCGUUCAAUGAGCCCGACUUCAACCCGCCGCGGCUGGCGCGGGCCGAGCGCGUGCCCAGCGCCACCGUGGACUUGGAGCUGUGGCGCGGGCUGACGGACAACGCGCGCCUGGCCGCCAACUACCGCGCCUACAGCCGCCUGCUGUGCUACCUGCGCGGCCUGGACGGGCAGGCGGGCACGGCCGAGCUGCGCCACAGCCUGGGCCACUUCUGCUCCAGCCUCCAGGGCCUCGUGGUGAGCAUCGCCGGCGUCAUGUCCUCGCUGGGCUACCCGCUGCCCGCGGGCACGGCCGCCGGCCCGCCGGCGCCCGCCGGCGCCCCCGCCACCCCCAACGACUUCCUCAAGAAGAUGGACGACUUCUGGCUGCUCAAGGAGCUGCAGACCUGGCUGUGGCGCUCGGCCAAGGACUUCAACCGCCUCAAGAAGAAGGUGCCGCCCGCCGUGGUGACGCUGCGCCUGGAGGCGCGCGGCUUCUGA